GGCGUUACAGUGUCGCUCGCUGUUGCGUUUGGAUGAUGGACUUUGAAGUAUUGCAUUGCGUAUCCCUAAAGUCAUUCUCCUGUGUUUUCCCUCAUUAAUCGUAUCAUGCUGCGAUUCCAACAAAAGCUUUUUUUGGGGGGGGGGGGGGGGGGGCGGUCUCCUGUACUCUUGUGUACCAGUCCAGUGUCCAUCCAUCAACGUCUAUAGACAAGGGCAUUCAUUCGCCCGGAGAUUCUUGGCAUUCCCCGGCCCGAGGUGUCCUUUCUUCGGCGUGACAGGCUGUGUUGGACUGCACAAUAAUGUGGAAACUUCUUCUAGACAGCCAUAACAAAAAAGCCCCCCCUCCACGGAGUUAAAUGGCUUCUAGUGUAGCUGUGAACUGUCAGGGUCCCGAAGCCCUGCCCAUCCCAGGCAUGGUGUGAGAAACCCUCCAGGAUUACGUCUCAUCCUGGCACGGACAGGGUUAAAUGGUUACGGUCCACUUGAUUCUUCCCGAUUUGUAGAGGGGGGGGAGCUCGCUUUGUUUCAGUCAGGGGUGUCAUGGAGAAAGACGAAGAAGUGCGGAGAAGUGUUCGUGUGGAAACACCUGCGGACAUGCUGCGGAACUUCUGGACGUGUCACACGUUGGGUUGAAGGAGUCUGUUUGACGCUAUAUAUUUAUAUAUAUAUAAAAAAGGUUUAUUACUCCGAAUUGGCAACCAACAUUUAUUUUUUUAUUUUUUUUGACUUCGGAAAUACGAGACGGUGACGUGAUUAGGACCACCGGGUUGAUAAGUGGAUAAGGAGAGCGGACAGGAGGAAAAGUUGAGUGCGUUCACGGUGGGAACCGUCGAAGAGCGGGUUUAACGCGGAGGUACGAGGCACCGCAUCCUUGCAGACCCCGAGCUGAGACCCGCUCACCGCUCUGAAGGAAACGCUGCUCUCCUCGCCAUGGCAACCGGCCACGUCCCCCCGCUUCUCCCCUCUCUCCUGUACUUUUUGGGAUGCUGUGUGUACUGUUGCCAUGGUGACUUCCAGGCAGCCCCCAGGGUGUAUCUGUCCUACAAGGAGCUGCUGGAGACGCGGACGGCCCGGCCCUUCUCCUUCUCCUUCAACACCAGCGACUACAGGAUCCUGCACAUGGACCAGGACCAGGGCCGGCUCUACCUGGGCUGCCGGGAGUACCUGGUGGCGCUGGACAUGCACAACGUCAACAAGGAGCCCCUCAUCAUCCACUGGCCGGCGUCUGCAGAGAGGAAAGCGGAGUGCAGGAUGACUGGGAAGGGGGGGCAGGGAGAAUGUGCCAACUUCGUGCGUCUGAUGGAGCCCUGGAACCGGACCCACCUGUACACCUGCGGGACAGGCGCCUACAAACCAGUCUGCACCUUCAUCAACCGCGGCUGGAGGGCAGAGGACUACGUGUUCAGGCUGGUUCCUGGCCAGGUGGAUUCUGGGAAGGGGAAGUGUUCGUACGACCCCCGGCGGGCCAACGCCGCCACGCUCAUCAACGGUAACCUGUAUGCGGGGGUCCACGUGGACUUCAUGGGGACGGACCCGGCUAUCUUCAGGACGCUGGGGGACCGGCCCGCGGUCCGCACAGAGCAGUACGACUCCCGCUGGCUCAACGAGCCGGUGUUUGUGAAGAUCCAAAAGAUCCCGGACAGCACGCAGGCCAACGACGACAAGCUCUACUUCUUCUUCAGGGAGAAGAGCUUGGACUCUACCGGGGGGAACAACCCCAUCAUGGUGUCCCGGGUGGGCCGGGUCUGUCUGAACGACGACGGAGGUCAAAGGUCGCUGGUCAACAAGUGGACCACCUUCCUGAAGGCGCGGCUGGUGUGCUCUGUAACCGGGGGCGACGGGGUGGAGACGCACUUCGACGAGCUGAGGGACGUGUUCAUCCUACCCACGCAAGACGCCCGCAAUCCGGUUGUGUACGGUGUGUUCGCCACGGCUGGGUCGGUGUUUAAAGGCUCCGCGGUGUGCGUGUACGCCAUGUCCGACAUCAGGAACGUCUUCAACGGCCCCUUCUCUCACAAACACGGACACAACUACCAGUGGACCCCCUAUACGGGCAAGAUCCCCUACCCCCGUCCCGGCACGUGCCCCGGGGGGACGUUCACCCCGGGGCUGCGCUCCACCAAGGAGUUCUCUGACGAGGCGGUGAACUUUGUGCGGGCGCACCCCCUCAUGUACCAGCCCGUGUACCCCCUGCACAAGCGGCCCCUGGUGCUCAGCACUGCGGGGGACCACCGCUUCACCUCCAUCGCCGUGGACAUCGUGGACGCCACCGACGGGAAGUACGAGGUGCUCUUCCUGGGAACAGAUCGGGGGACGGUGCAGAAGGUCAUCGUUCUCCCCAAAGACGCCAGCAGCACGGAGCAGCUCAUCCUGGAGGAGGUGGAGGUGUUCAGGACUCCGACGACGAUCAAAACGAUGAGGCUUUCAUCCAAACGGCAACAGCUGUACGUGACGUCGGACCGCGGCCUGACCCAGGUGUCCCUGCACCGCUGCGGGGUGUACGGCCGCGCCUGCUCCGACUGCUGCCUGGCCCGGGACCCCUACUGCGCCUGGGACGGGGAGACCUGCGCCUCCUUCGCCCCCUCGGCCAAGAGGCGCAGUAGGAGACAGGACGUGAAGCACGGAGACCCCCUGAGCCAGUGCCGAGGCUUCAACACCAAAGAGAAGCGUCUGCGUGAGGCGGUGCAGUUCGGCGUGGAGGGCAGCAACGUGUUCCUGGAGUGCCAGCCACGCUCUCCGCAGGCCAGCGUCAAGUGGCUGCUGCAGAAGGACGGCCGCAGGAAGCUGCUGAACCGGGAGCACGAGGUGCUGAAGACGGGCCACGGCGUGCUGCUGAAGGAGCUGGUGCAGGCGGACGCCGGGGUCUACCACUGCCAGGCCACGGAGAACAACUACCGCCACACGGUGGCCCGCAUCGCCCUGCGCAUCCUGGACCGCGAGAUCGUGGAGGCGCUUACCGCCACCGACGUGCCCCCGCUGCACCGCCAGCCGCACGAGGCUGCGCCCCCGGCCGGCGCCGACCCCCGGACUGCCGCCGCCGCUGCCGCCGCCUCCUCCCAGGCGGAGGUGCGUCUCAUCGGCCAGUACUGCCGGGCCUACCUGGAGGAGCUGUGCCCCGGGCGGAGCACCAAGCGCACCCACCGCCGGCACGCCGAGGCCGGGGGCUCCGGCUGCAAGCCUGCCGCUGCCGCCUCCUCCUCCUUCCCACGCAGGCUGUAACCACGCCCUCCUCCUCCUCCUCCUCCUCCUCCUCCUCCUCCUUCCCACGCAGGCUGUAACCACGCCCCCCUCCUCCUCCUCCUUCCUACGCAGGCUGUAAUCACGCCCUCCUCCUCCUCCUCCUCCUCCUCCUCCUUCCUACGCAGGCUGUAACCACGCCCCCCUCCUCCUCCUCCUCCUCCUUCCUACGCAGGCUGUAACCACGCCCCCCUCCUCCUCCUCCUCCUCCUCCUCCUCCUCCUCCUUCCCACGCAGGCUGUAACCACAACCUCCUCCUCCCCCACAAGCAGCCUACUACCCCGCCCUCUCAUUCCUUCAGGCUAGCACAUGGCUAGCACACGGCUAGCACAUCGCUAGCGCAUGGCUAGCACACAGCUAUCACUAGUCCGACAGCGUACAGUUCAGGCUUGAUCAAGAAUGCACACAUGCUACCACUGAUUUUUCCAAAAUGACACCUAACAAUGAUAAGAGAAGAUGAGAUUUAAAGGUGACAUAUUAUACCACCAGGUGUGUGAUUAGCCGUUACAAGCCGUUUUGAAAAUCUGCCUCUUCUGACAUCACAAGUGGGCGUGUCCACCUAGAUAUAUGAUGGAUAGAUGUGCAACGAUUGCUACAGUCCACUGGGUAGGCUGGUAGACUGCUCUAUCCAGCACACAUCUAGGUGGACACGCCUACUUGUGAUUUCAGAAGAGGCCGAUUUUCGAAACCGCUUGUAACGGCUAAUCACACACCUGGUGGUAUAAUAUGUCACCUUUAACGCAAACGACAUAUACAUAUUUCGUUCAUGUAAUAUAAAUGUGGCUUGCUGGGAUCUGCACAUGGGAACAAAAUGUAAAGGGACUAAAGAGGUACUCACAAGUAAUCGUUUACUUGUUGCACAAAAAAACUUCACCCCUUCAUUUGUUGAAGCUGUAAAGAAAUAUAUUCUUUCCCCAUUUACUAGUGAUCAAGGGUUAAGCAUGUAAAAGGAACAUAUUUUAUAUUGUAUUACUUAAAAUAAGGGUGAUUUUGUUUGUGCUUUGUUUUAAUGGACCAUUUAGUAUGACGAAUAGAGUCCUAUUUCUUUAAGUUUUACCAAAAUGGAAAUAUUUUUAAGUCUACCUAUUUUUAUAAAAAGAAAAUAAUGUUAUAUUAUUACACAUUAAAAAAAAUACUCAGUUGUACAGGGGCAAUGAUGGAGGGAGUAAAAAAAAAGUGUGGCUUGUCAAAAUAAUUUCUGUAAUAAUUAACAACUAUUCAACAAUUUUAAAUGUUUCAAUGAGGAUGCUGUUACUAAUAUUAUGGGAUAGAAGGUCAUCCCUGCAUUGAGCUGGUGACACAAUCUCCAAACGAGGUGUUUUGAUUUCUUAUUCAAAUAAGAACAUUUAUUGUGUUUUGCCAUUCUUCUAGAUACUGAACUUUCAAUCAACGUGUUGUGCUUUUUUAUUUGUAGUUGAUCUACAUACUAUUCUGUGUAAUGCUUGAUGGGUUGCUGUGCUCGUAGUGGCUUAAGCCAUAUUGUUCAUAAUAAAUAGUACAUUACGUGAGUGGAUCAGUAUGUUACGAUAUGGGUCGUACAAUUGUUGUUUAAGCUGACUCAAGAUAUCCAAUGUUUUGGUUUUACCUAUGUGUGUCUCUCUGCACUUGUUCAUAACCACUGUCACAAAUAUACAAUUAUUGUAAUUUCAAUAAACAUUGUAAUGCUACAAAA